ACUCAGGUUUGUCAUGGGAUGGGUUUUACAAAUAACUCAAUAGGUGAGUAAACAGAAUGAGUGCCCUUCAGAAUCUCGGCUCUGUCUACCAGCACCUUUGUCACUACAGUAGCUUGUUACAAUUUCUGCAGCAGCUGAGGUUUUUAAACAGGAAGUCAGUUUAAUCUCAUAGCUACUGCGGCACCAUCUCUCAGUUCCUCAUCUUUCUCCUGUCAACACACGUCUGUCUGAAUAGCCAUUUUUUUCAUCUUAAUUUUUUUUCCUAACAGCAAAAGGCAAACCUGAGGAAAUGUCACUUGAAGAGGAGUGGCUCAGCAGUAGACUGAGGCUCUGUGAAAUCAGCCCUGACUCGGAACACACUACAGAUGCAAAGCAGACACCAGGAAUCAUUCAUUUUAAUGCAGACUCAUGCUCCACACCAGCCUAUACCAAGUCAUCUGUGCUCGGUGCACUCUGGGAAUACACACAUGUUCUGUGUGAGGCCCGGGACAGCAGCUCUGAUGACCAGGAAAUGGAAACUGACACACGGUCUGUGCAGUCUAUGGCACGAGUGCCUGGAAACAUAAUUCCCACCUACGCAGACUCCUUGGCCAGAGAAAUACUAACAUCCAUGCAAAGCCAGUGGGAAUCCACUGAAACAGGAGAUUUGCCAUUAAUUAGAAAUAGUGAGAUUUCACAGUCUGGCUGCUGCCCAGGAUCCAUCAGAAACGCAGGAACAUGGCCAAGACACACAGGUAACACAGGGUGGCAAAGCCCUUCCACAGGACUAAAUUCCUCUAGAGAUAUUGACAUGGAUGAACUGGCUCAGAAGAUCACGUCCAACGUCAUCCAAGCAGCUCUGGAGAAGAUUGGUAGAGGUAAGUCAGAGUAUCUGGCUUCUUCACAAUGCAGCAUUAGGUCAUCUCCAGAGGGUAGAGAGCAGUACAACCUCCAGUCGGUGGCUGAGGAAUUUGCAACAAAAAUGGCAGCUGAAUUGAAAGCAGAAUGCAUGCAGGAGGUUGUGUCGCUUCUUUCAAGAUCUCUUCGUGAAACCAGUGAUCACACAAUGAAUGAGUACACAGAACCAUCCAAAAAUACUGAUACCGGCUAUGAAAGCUCUUGCACUGUCAGAGAUUGCAGCAGCAGGCAACAUUUGUCCCAUACAAUUUCUGAGUCUUUGGAAGAGCCUGCAAAUGAACCCUAUUCAAGGCCUUGCCAGUGGCUCUCAAGUUAUCGCCGCCCGACCUCCUUCGGCAGUUCAGUGUCCACAUAUUCCAGUUAUGUUUUGGCCCAAAUGAGCCUCCACACCAGGAGCUCCAUAGACUAUCCUGAUGCUCCUCCCCCAACACCGCUGGUCCCCAAGAAAGCCAAGAACCGCAGCAGUUUCUCCAGGAAACUGAAAGGUGGACUGGCUAAGGAGUUUCUCCCAUCACCCCCUCCUCCCACACCCAAGGACCAAGCCUGUUCACCUCAGGAGGACCCAGACAUGGCUGACAAGAAGGCAGAGUUUGUAGACAGACUCAUCCGCUCUCUGUCUCUAGAGUGUUCCCAAAGGGAGCAGGAAAAGGAGGAGAAUACUUCUGGUCUGGCACUGCCAGGAGAUCAAUCCCCAGCCACUGAGAGAAUUCUGGAGGACAAACGUGCCUUGUUAAAUUAUGCAGCUCAGUUGUCUUUAAAGAUAAUCAACUGGGGUUACAACAGCUUGGCUGACCUUAAACAGCUUUCCAGUGAGAGUCUUCCAAAGUCACACCCUACAAAGGAAACAAGUGAGGCCAGAGAAGGAGAGAAUCCCUCAUGUCAUGUAAAAAUCAAGAGCACUGGCAAAGACAAAGCAACUAAGCAGAACAGGACUCAUUGGGACAUUCUGCAAAUCCAUGCGAACCAAUGGGCAGGGAACGUAAUUAAAGAAUCAUUGAAGAUUAUCUCCAGACACGCAGAAGAGGCCAAAAGCGGAACCCAUCCAGAUAAUCACUGUAUCCUGAGCCAGGAAUCACGAGUUGUUAGUUUUAGUGUUGAAGGAGCAUCUGGCUGUUCACCUUUAACAUACAACUAUGUUCCUUUGUCUGAAACAAGUUCUGAUGCUACCAUUAUUGCCACUAGUCAUAAUUUUUGUGCACCUCAGAAAGCCAACUUGAACAGCCUUACUAGCCAAAUGAUCUCUGACAUUCCUCUUCAAACCGUACAACUGCUUCAGGAACCCACUUCAGACAGCUUCAAGGAUCCAGUCUGUGUAAUAGCUGAACAGCUGAGCAAAAGAAUUGUGAAGGAUUCUCUUCUUUCUGUGGCAGAAAGCAAAACAGCAAAAGCUUGUGGAUCCCCAGUGAAAAGAUCUGGUGUCCACAUGCCGGAAUUGAAACCAAGGGUCCGACAGCCGGUGGUAACAAAUGGUAAUUCUCCUGAAAAUCUGGAUACAGUGGCAGUGAAAAAUUCAGUGCAAGAAUCUGUGAAGACCCAUGUUUCAAAGCAGGACAACAGUCUUGACAGUAAACUCCAAUCAGAUACAAAACUCCCCCUGAAAAUGGCAAACACCCAAAUGCCAGCUUACAGGGCAGUCUCGCACCUGGAUAGUCAAAAUGACAUAAGCACACAGCAACUGGUGGGCGUGCUCCACUGGAUCACAGCCUCCCAGAUGCAAACAUCUGUACUGGAGAUUGCAACUACAGCUGAGCUACUUUGCAGCCAGUUCUGCAGUUUAGGGUCCUGUGCAGUGACCAAUGGAUGGACUGUGGGAGACCUCUUGACCUCACUGCUCCAAUACUGUGAGGCAAGGCAACAUACCGAAGCCAGGGGGCGCUCUCUUCCCAUCUCUCUGCUUGAGUGGCUUCAGACACAACUCCAGGCUCUGCGGUGACUCACAGCUCUCACUGAAGAUCAACAGCACAGACAAUAACAUUAAGAGGGUGAAUGGAAUUACUCUAAAACAGGAAAAGGAUCUGCCAAUGGUAUGUUUGUUUUAGAGCAGUGAUGCACAACUUGGGAUCAGCAGGGUUUAUAGCAGUUUAAAAUUGUGGAACGUAUUACAUUCAUCUAUUUAAAUUCAAAUAAGAGCUAUUAGUAUGUCAGUUGAAAUAAAAUGCACAAUACUGUAUAGCCCACUAGAAGUAGUGUUCCCUGUGAUAAAGCCAUGUACAGUAAAAAAUCUAUUCUCAUGAAUUUUAAAUGUACACAGUACUGUGACACUCUAGAGUAAAGAGAAUCCUAGAAGUACCUAAACUAAGUACUAAGAAAUGCAUUCGAAAUUGAUUAGAAACUUUUUUACUGUGUUGUAUAAAUAAAAGACAGUAUACAUUA